AUGAACUCCAACGAUGAAGGUAGAGCGGUGGUAGAAUGUGCUGGCAAAGAUGCCACAAAAUGUGAAGAGCUUGAAAACCCCACCAAGUCUUCUGAUCCAUCCGUGGAGAAGCUCAGCCAUCAAUACGACAUAACUCCCAGAGAUAUCCAGAGCCGUUUCGAACAUCUUCGUGAGCUAAGCGAAACCGAUAUGACAAGGCUCAACAAGAGCGUUGUCCGAAAGAUUGAUAUGAGGAUGAUGCCCUGUAUAACGCUCAUCUAUCUCGACCGCAUCAAUGUUUCCAACGCAAGACUCAGUGGGAUGCAGGAUAACCUCCAUAUGUCAGACACCAUGUGGAACUUAGGCAUAUCAACUUUUUAUAUCGGUUAUCUUGUUGGACAAUUGCCUGGCAACUUGUGGUUGGCCAAGGCAAAUCCAAGAUGGUUUCUACCCUCGACGAUGGUGGCCUGGGGAGCGGCAACCAUCUGCACUCCCGCUCUCAAAAGUGGUGCCGGCUUCGCCGCUCUGCGAUUCUUCACAGGUCUGGCUGAAGCGCCGUUCUUUCCGGGAAUCACCCUGAUGACUUCUUCCUGGUACACCAAAGAGGAGAGUCCUCUCAGGAUGGCCAUAUGGCACGCAGGAAACACCAUUUCCAACAUAAUCUCAGGCUUCCUUGCGGCGGGAAUUCUCACGACAAUGGGUGGUGUCUCGGGUUUGUAUUCCUGGCAGUGGUUCUUUCUCAUUGAAGGCAUCGUGACGUUCCUGGUGGCUUUCUCUGCCUACGUGCUUCUCCCAGACUGGCCCCACAACACGCGGUUUCUGACUCCUGAGGAGAGAGACAUGGCGCAAUACCGUAUCCUGUGCUCCAAUGGAGGCAAAGAAGAAGCCGCCGGAGGCACUUGGGAUGGUCUCAGAGAUGCUGUCAAAGAUCCUUUCACCUGGAUCUUCUGCCUGUUGCAUUUCUCCCUGGUCACUGCUCAAAGUUUUAAAGACUUCUUCCCUUCGAUCGUCAACACCUUUGAUUUCGGCGAACUCACAACAUACUUCAUUCAAGCCCCCCCAUAUUCGUUCGCAUUUGUGUUUGCCUAUGCUGUUGCCUGGUCCUCAGGUCGGAACCAGGAGUCUUUCUGGCACAUCGUCCUGCCUAUCAUUGGCAGCGCGGUCGGCUGUGCAGUUCUGAUCUCGACCAUGAACAUCGGAGCUCGUUACUUUGGUCUUUUCCUCCUUAUUUCCGGCACAUACAACGGCCUCAACCUGCAGCUGUCGUGGGAAACAACUGUCGUUCCAGCCCCUCGAAGCAAGAAGGCCGCACUCAUCGCAAUUGCCAACUGUAUCAGUCAAGUCAGUCACUGGUUCAGUCCCUACUUCUGGCCGCGUUCGCAGGAGCCCUUCUACAGACUAGGUGGCGGUCUAGUACUGGUGGGUUGCGCUCUGGUUGUAACGUCAGCUGGCCUGGCAAAGUGGCGUGCUAUCCGACUGAAUAAGAAACUGGAUGAAGCUGAGGGUUACUCCGAGAGCUCGGGGGUCGAAAGGGGUUGGAGAUUUGCGUACUGA